AUGAAUACUACAACAAUAGACAGUUUGGGAUUUAAUAAUGACGUUACAAAUCAACAUCAAUCAACAUCAUUUAUAUUAGAUUUACGUUUUUUUCUUGUUCGAAUAUUUUAUCCAUCUUUACUUAUUUGGGGUACUAUUGGUAAUGCAUUAUGUCUACGUGUUUUAUUAAGUAAAAAAUUUUAUAAAAAUUCAACAUGUCAAUAUUUAGCUAUAUUAGCUGUUAUUGAUAUUUUAUUUAUUGUAAUGCGUUCAAGUAGACAUGUUUAUAAAUUAUUUCGUGAUGCAACAAUAUUUAAUACAUCAAAAUGGAUAUGUCGUAUAUUAACAUUUUUUUCAUCAGCACUUGCGCAUAUGGGUUCAUGGAUAUUGGUUAUUGUGAGUUUUGAUCGAUAUUUUAUAGUAACUAGUCGUUAUCGACGACAUAGUUCAGCAUUUCAUCGAGUUUUCUAUUCAACAAGUAUACUGGUUGCUAUUGUUGUAUUAUGCAAUAUUUAUUAUUUCUUUAUACUUGGUCGAUCAAUUACAUUAGGAAAACAUGGUAUGGAUGAUCAUCGACGUUUUAUAUUUCGAUUAUUAUUACAAUCAAAUGAAACAUCAAUUCAUUCAAGUCCUACAGUUUAUCCUUCAUCAGAUUUAUUACGUUAUAAAACUUCAUCGAUAUUUGUUUGUAUACCAACUCCUCAAUAUGAACGUUUUUUUCGUACAUAUAUACCAAUAUUUGAUGUAUUACUUGUUGCUGCUAUUCCAUUAAUACUUCUUUGUUGUACUAAUAUUGGUAUUAUAACAUUUACAAUGCGUAACAAUCGUCAAAUGCGUCAACAUCGUAAACGUUCACAUCGUCGGCAUCAACGUUUAACAAUAAUGCUUUUAUCAGUUACUUUAGCAUUUAUUUGUUUAACAUGUCCAUCAGUUAUAUUUAUAUGUGUUAAUAAAAUAAUUUAUUCUGGACGUAUAUUAAAUGAUCGUAAAGAUAAUUUAAAUUCUGAAACUAGUGGUCGUCAACCAUCACACAUGCAAUCACUUGUUGAUAUAUGUGAAGCAUUAUGGUAUACAAAACAUUCAAUGAAUUUUAUUUUAUAUACAUUAAAUGGACAAGAUUUUCGUCGUGAAUUUUUAAAAUUAUUUACUCAAUGUUUUAAUCGUCGAUCAUAUUUAGUUAGAAAAUUAUUAAGUAAAACUCGUCCAAGAACAUCAUUAGAUGAAUCAACUAUUGAAACACAAUUACCUAUUACAAAUACACGUAAUAAAAUAUUUCAUCGAAAAAAUUCAGAUCAAUUAGCAAUUACUGAUGUUAAUAAAACACCAAGUGUAGUAUUUAUUAAUUCAAAUUCAAUACAAAUUAAAACUUCAUUUCAUGAUAAACAAAUCUAA